AUGAGUGAAGAAAUCACAAGAACAAGGUCUACGACACCAACAGAUAUUCCGGGUCCAUAUGCUAAAGAGUUUACCCUUGAUCUGCCACGGAUUCCCUCGCUUGAGCUUCCUUUAAAGGUUUCCCCGGCACAAGAGAGUAUAGAAAAGGCAAUUAAGAUGUGUGGAGGACUUCAAAAUGUUAAGGCAUCUAUAUCUUCACAUAGCGAUGCAGAUUAUGAUUUAGAAAUGUAUUUGAAUGAGGGGAAAAAUCAGGAUGGUAGUAAGGUAUUCUUUAAUGAGCACCCAAUAAUUGGAAAGCGAGUUCCUCAGCGAGAUGAAUCAGUUAUAAUGAAAAUAACUCUACCAAAAGGAACUCUUUAUAAAAGUCAGGGUGAUAUACGAAAGGCGAUUGCGUCUGUUUGUCCCAGUCAGAUGAAAGCUGUUCCAGUUGCAAUAAUUGACAAUACUGUGAAAUUUAGAGAAAUGUCAGAUUUCCAAGUCAGGCUCGAUAAUGUACCUUCUGCUAAUGAUUUUAAGAACAGUUUUGGAACCUUGAACUGGGACAAUUUUAAGGAAUAUGUCAAAAAUAUCCCAGACUAUGACACUAGGCCUUUUGAAAAUAUGAACAAUGUAGUCCUAGACAGGUCGGUAAAAUGUCCUAGCUCGGAAUUUCAGCUUCCUCCAAUUCCAAGAUUUUCUAUGGUUAGUUUACCAUUCAUCUAUAAAUACAAUAGUAACCCUUAUGCGAUGAAAACCUCAACGGGGGAAUCUAGGGUUUUGGGAACAUAUAUUAAAAACUACCAACAGUUUGUACAUGAUUUCUCAGCUGAUACUAAAAUACCUGAAACACCUCAUCCAGAACUAGUUAAACAAUAUGAACUUGCAAAGAAGACAAAAGUGUAUCCUGGAAGUAAAAAUGAUUCUAAAUUUUAUGAAAAGCUAGAACAAUGCUUACUCAUAUUAACCAAACUAUUUGAGACUAGGCAUGUUUGGAUCAAACGGCAUAUCGACGGCAUUAUUUCGCAGGAUCUGCAUUCGGUCCUAAAGAUCGCAUUGGCUCUUGUAUCAUAUCGGUUUACAAAGGGACCCUGGAGGAAUACUUACAUAAAAUUGGGGAUGGAUCCCCGGUCUUCUAAUAUUUAUGCGAAGUACCAAACAGAAUAUUUUAAAAUUGAGGGGAAAUUACUACGCAAUCCAGCUGUUAGAAGAAAUGUUCCAAAUCCACCUGAAAAAUUCUUUCAAACAGACACACCAAACGAUGUUGAUAGCAGAUUUAGAUUCAAUGGAAAGCAAAUUCCUUGGUAUUUAAUGCUACAGAUUGAUUUACUCAUUGACGAACCAAAUAUAAAAGAAAUUUACGACAAGGCACAGUAUUUGGAAACCCCAAGUGAAUUAACUGGAUGGUUCACCGAACUAGAUUUAGCUAAAAUAAGAAAAAUUGUAAAAUACGAGUUAGGAUGUAUGGUCCAAGGAAACUAUGAAUUCAACGAGCACAAACUAAAGUAUUUUAAAGUUAUGCUCUAUGUUAAAGAAUCAUUUUUAAACAAGGAUGUUGAUGAUGCCACCAAUGUGGACGAGCUGUAUUCCGCGAAGAAUGAUGAUGAUGAUGAUGACAAUGGCGUUGAAACCGGAGAGAUUGACGAUGCAGUAUUAGAAGCAGAAGAAGAGGAAGAUGAUGAAAUGGUAAAUCAGAAGCCUUAUUCUACAAUAGAUGGAAGUGAGGACCAAGAUGAUUUUAACAUGAAAACUGCAACGUUCAAAGAUAUCAUAGAUCGCAUUGAAAAACAUGAUCCUGACACGGCAAAAUAUUUGUCCAAAAAACUGGAUGGCUUUGUGCAAGAAACAGAAUUAUAA